GGGGGGAGGGGGGGGCGCACCGGCGAGGACUUACGUAAAAACGCUUCCGACUCUUUAGCGUGUAAAAGUCACGGUAUUCGGGAGUAUCCGCGUGGAAGUACUUGUGCGCGUGGAUUGUAUAAGAACGACGUGGCGGUAUUCAGCCGAGGAAAGUACACACGAGAUGUAGGUUCACCGGUCCGGCGCCGGUCACGAACCACCGGAAUAAAGCGCCUUUUGCCGGACUUCGUUUGGACCCCGUGCGCGCGCGCGCGUCCACCAUGCUCGCGAACACGACGCUGUACGCGGCGAAGAAACGCAAGAAGCCGGUGCAGAAGAUACCCAAGCCGCCGCCCCCCAAUGGCGCCAAGUCCAACCCGUCCAAGCGGCACCGCGACCGGCUCAACGGCGAGCUGGACAAGCUCACCGGCCUGCUGCCCUUCAGCGGCGAGGUGCGGGCUCGCCUGGACAAGCUGUCGGUGCUGCGCCUCAGCGUCGGGUACCUGAAGGUCAAAGGCUACUUCAACGCCACCAUGAAGAAAGGUCACAACGCUUCCAGCUGGACCAGCGCGCAGAGCCUCGCGCUCGGGGGGCCGCCGACUCCGUCCAGCUGCUCCACGGCCCCCCCCUCCUCCUCCCAGGCGACCUCCAUCGACGGGGUCGGCUUCGACGAGGGAGACCUGCUGCUCCAGGCUCUAAACGGCUUCGUGAUGGUGGUGACGGCGGAAGGCUACGUCUUCUACACCUCCCCCACCAUCCAGGACUUCCUGGGCUUCCACCAGUCGGACGUCGUCCACCAGAGCGUGUUUGAGUUGAUCCACACAGACGACAGAGCUCUCUUCAGGAGGCAGCUCCACUUCGCCCUCAACCCCAACAGCAGCCAGCAGGACGGAGGCGACAGCCUCAGCGAGCAGAGCUCGGCGCAAGUCAGCACCAACGUCAUGACCUACGACCCCCAGGCGAUCCCCCCCGAGAACUCCUCCUUCCUGGAGCGGAACUUCUGCUGCCGCUUCCGCUGCCUGCUGGACAACUCCUCCGGCUUCCUGGCUCUGAACUUCCGCGGCCGCCUGAAGUUCAUCCACGGACAGAACCGGGUGUCGGAGGACGGGGCCUCGGUGCCGCCGCAGCUCGCCCUGUUCUGCAUCGCCACGCAGAUGCAGCCGCCGGCCAUCCUGGAGAUCCGCACCAAGACGCUGAUCUUCCAGACCAAGCACAAGCUGGACUUCACCCCCAUGGGCAUCGACAGCAGAGGGAAGGUGGUUCUGGGUUACAACGAAGUGGAGCUCUGCAUGAAGGGCUCGGGCUACAACUUCAUCCACGCUGCAGACAUGAUGUACUGCGCCGACAACCACGUCCGGAUGAUGAAAACCGGAGAAAGCGGCUUCAGCGUCUUCAGGCUUCUGGCCAAAACCGGCUCGUGGAUCUGGGUCCAAGCCAACGCGCGGCUGGUCUUCAAAGCGGGGAAACCGGACUUCAUCGUGGCCCGCCAGAGAGCUUUGAUAAACGAAGAAGGAGAAGAUCAGCUGCGCCUCCGUCGGCUGCAGUUGCCGUUCAAUUUCGCCACCGGCGAGGCGCUGCUGUACGAUGUCGCUCCCACCGUCGACGCCCCCGACCCCCCCGACCCUUGCUCCGCCCCCAAGCAGAGGAAGCUGGACGACUACAUCGUCAGCCGCGAGUCCAUGCUGGGCUGCAUGCUGAGUCAGGACCAGUCUCUCUACUGCGAGCACAACAAGAACAACGCCUUCAACAGCAUCAACGACGCCGCCUUCAAGGACAGCCACGCCACGGUCAGCGUGCCCAGGGACCUCUGGGAGCCGGCCGCGCCCCGACCCGAGCCGGUGAAGUCCGACGCCACGGUGCAGGACAUGAUGGAGACCCUGCAGCAGAUCCUGGGGGAGAACGACCUGAGCGAGGCCCUGGACGUGGGACCCGAGGAGCUGAAGAGCUGGGAGAGCACCCUGCUGAAGAUGAGCAGCAACAGCUGCGAGGUGAGCGAGAACCUGGAGGACAUCCUCAGCAACGACAUCCUCACCUACGUGGAGGAGCAGCUGCAGCGGGAGGGCGCGCUCAAGCGGCCAGACGCCGCGCCGGAAUGCUUCGCGGCUCCUGAGCUCCGGGACCAGAACCCGGGCUGGCCCCCGCAGCCCCAGAGCCAGCUGAUCCCAAACGGAGGGCCGCUGAGGCUGACCCACAUGGAGGCUCCUCCGCUGGCCCUCCAGCAGAGCGCUCCUGUUGCUCCACCCACCUUCGACCCUUUCGUGGCGGCUCACUCGCAGAACCAGUUCGGGACCUUGCCGCUCGCCGCCGGGGGCAACGGCCUGCUAAGGCCCCCUGCGGCCGGUCAGAUGCACCCCCAGCAAGCGGCUCUUCCCAUGCAGAGCCCCCCCCAGACGUGGACACCGAGCGGCCUCUGGGACCAAAGCGCCAGGGGACAGCACGGGUUCAACGCGCAGGGAAACGCGGGGAGCUCCGCCUCCAACUUCAACCAAGCCGACCACUUCCUGGAAACCUACGUCCAAAGUAUCCCAAGUUUCCCCGGGGGAACCGUCGAGGGGCUCUUCGGGCUGACGACCCAAAGCGGCGCCGACCCGAGGCUGGUCUGGUCGUUGGAGGCCUCGCCAGCAGGCGCACCACUCGGCAACGCGCCGGGGCACGCCGGGCGUCGGCGGGCCGGCGUUUGUGCAUCCGCAGACUACCAGCGUGCCGUUUCCUUUUGCAGCCGCCGCCGCCGGCCCCAUUGAGCCACUGUGCGUUCAGAGACGCCCCCCCCUCCCUGCCUUCUGAACGAGCCUCCCGGACCCCCAUCCAAGCCCGCAUGCUUCUACCAGACCCUGCCCGGGGGGGGGGCGCUGCCGGAGCUGGAUGACGCGGUGCUGUCCUGCCAGGUGACAGCGAGUCUGCCGCCGGACGGCGUUCUGAGCUUCUGUGAGCA